GCGGCAGUGAUGUGACUGUUUCCUGUGAGAUGACAUUCUUCUGUGCUGUGUAGACUGGAGACUGUAAAAGCAUAGCAGAGUAACAUUAAAGCAUGUGGAUAUCUUUAAAUGUCUAAACGUUAUUUUGGUCACAGUCCGCUGGUACAGCAGCGCAGUUUAUGACUGGUUUAAAGUGUUGGAUAGGCGAAAAACAUGACUGCCAAUGAAGACCAGGAGAUGGAGUUGGAGGCUCUGCGCUCCAUCUAUGAAGGAGAUGAUUGUUUUAAAGAGCUCAGCCCUGUUUCCUUCCAGUUCAGGAUAGGAGAUCUUGAUGACUCCAAAUCCUUCCUGCUAGAAGUGUCCUGGCCAGAGAGCUAUCCUGAAACUGCCCCGCACAUAUCACUAGAUGCUUUUUUCAACAACAGAAUAUCCCCGGAGACAAAGCAGUACAUUCUCUCGAAGUUAAGUGAACAGGUUGAGGCCAACCUGGGCACUGCCAUGAUGUACACGCUUUUUGAGUGGGCCAAAGAAAACCAGGAAACACUCAUGGAAAACUACCAGCCUGUGACAUCCGCUGUGACCCUGAUAUCCAACAGCGAUGUCAUGAAUAAUUCCACCUCUGUCAGUAAGAAGAAGGAGAAGAAAGAGCAGCUAACCAAAGCACAGAAGAGGAAACUGAUUGGAAGAACAGAUAAUAAGGGUGAACUGCCAAGAGGUUGGAACUGGGUAGAUGUUAUUAAGCAUCUGAGCAAAACUGGAGGAAAAGAUGAAGAUUAAAGCGAUGCUUGAGAAGAAAUGAUGGAUUGAAGUAGCGUCGGAUGAAUAUAUGGAUGAAAUGUGUCUCUGUGCACUUGUUUUUUUUAAUGAAAGCUGAACAUGAAUUCUCUCCGGCCAUGAUUUUAAUUCACCUGGAGCUGUCUCAGAGCUGAUUUGACAGUGAGUGCAAGGAGCUCUGCCUUCACAAAGACACAUGUCCCCAGAGCCUCACUAGCGUGUGCUAAAUAUUAGCUGAGACACACAUGAACAUCAAGAAAACUAACAACGGUUUAAAUGCUUGUAUUUUUGGAUCUGCUAGAACAUCAUAAACCUAACAUCAGUGUGAUGUUUCAUCUAGUGACAUUUCCUUUUGAAAAUUGUAUCAUGGAUAGUUAAAAGGUGCAGUGCAGAGAACUGUUGUCAGGGGUUACUGAAAUAUAAAACAAGUGUGAUUUAGCUGGUCAUGUGAUCUCAACAUGGCAACCCUCAUUAGGCCUCCCACUUAAAUUAAAACAGCUAAAUAAAUAAAAACCAUCUAUUUGGGGGUUAAAAAGAGAACUUUCAAGUUUUACAUUUUGAUGUUAUUUGUGAAAGAUAUUUUAUGGGUGUGUGUUUUUAAAGAAAUAAAGUGUUUUAAAGCACAGUCCUUUGCAGAUAAAA